GACUGCCUGUGAAUCAUUGCACCUUAUUUUAUGUCACAAGGUGUGCUGGUGAGAAUGGAGACAAGUGGAAUGGAGCUCUGGCUGUGCGUGUUGAUCGUUGCUACCAGUGGCGCACUCCAGAUGGUGGGAUGGAGUAGAAGUCGCUUGUCAUGGUCAGUGGGGCUUGUGGUGGUGGAGGUGAUGCUGUGUUAUUGGAUAUCGAAUUUAAGUGUGGCAGUGAUACUGCUCAGUGUCUGCUGUGGCUGCUGUUUGAUCCACUUCAGUGCAGGAAGAAAAGAGUUCAGGUUGCCUGUACAAGGCAAAGCCGUGCUCAUUACAGGUUGUGACUCUGGUUUUGGCCAUGAGCUUGCUAAAAUCCUGGACAAAGCUGGGAUGAAGGUAUAUGCCGGAGUGCUGGAGGAGUUUGGACCUGGUGCACAGAACCUCAGGGAAGUUUCAUCUUCACUGCUUACCAUCCUACAGAUGGAUAUCACAAACAUCAACCAAAUCUCUGAAGCACAUAAACUUAUCAAGAGUCAAAUAGGAGAGACAGGUCUUUGGGGACUGGUGAACAAUGCAGGCGUGCUGGGACAUAUAUGUGAUGGAGAACUUCUUCCCAUGAGAAUAUUAAGAAAAAUCCUGAAUGUGAAUUUUAUUGCUGGUGUGGAGGUGACCAAAGUUUUCCUGCCUUUGUUAAGACAAGCAAAAGGAAGGGUUGUGUGUGUAUCCAGCAUGUCAGGAGAAGUUCCCUUCCCUGGUUUUUCUGCAUAUGGUGCAUCUAAGGCAGCUGUGAUUUCUUACUACGGAGCUCUGAGACAGGAAAUGUCCAAAUGGGGUGUAAAAGUGGUCAUUAUUCAGCCAGGGGCCUUCAAGACGAAUAUUUUAGGCAAUCAAGAGGAAUGGUGUAACAUUGAAAAGGAGAUCCUCAGAACCCAGCCCCUAGAGGUAAUAGAUGCAUAUGGAGAAGAGUACAUCUGCUCUAUGCAUCAGCAUUUAAGUAAUUUGACUGCUCAAAGCUGUGCUGAUUUCAGGCCAGUUCUAGAUGAUAUACAACACGCAUUACUCUCAGAAAAGCCAGGGGCCUUUUAUCACCCGGGACACAUGGCCUGGGCAUUUCCGUUCCUGCAAAGGAUCUGCCCUACAUGGCUGUUUGAUGCCAUUUUUGCACAAAUAUUUACAUAUGGCAGGCUCUGUCCAGCAGCCCUGGCUUCCAAAAGAUGAACACUUCAAACUGAGAAUACACACUACAUUGUAACCUUAGUGCACAUGUACUAUUGAUAACAAUACACCAGAGCAGGUAUGUGCUUAAGGCUAUACAUAUACACACAUAAAGGCAAAAUGAUACAUCAAGAGCUAGGGUGGUGUAAUAAUUAGAACAGGAUGAUUGGUGUUAAUGGUUAUUUUAAGAUCUUGUGUUUUCUUUUAGUUCUGCACUUCAGGAACAACACAGGUUAUUUGCAUGUUUCCAGAAUACAAAAUAAUUUUCACAGAACAUGCUGAUCACCCAAAUUUUAGAACCCCCUGGCUCUUCAUGCGUCAUGUUGCCUUCUUGACAAUCAGUGAAUAUUUACACACUUUGUAAUAGUUGUGUACGAGUCCCUCAUUUGUCCUCAGUGUUAAAAGAUGGUUUUCAAAAUCUACAGUCUCUGUCGUAAUUGGGUCAAACAUGCAGAAGAUUGCUGGAGCAGCAAAGACCUGGAAAAUGUUUCUGAAGAACCGUGGAUUGUUUAACUGCUCAGGACAAACAAGGGACUAAAGAGCAACUAUCACAAUCACUAUCAUAAAAACAAUCACUGAUCAGGUAACAACAAUGUAUUAAAAAAUCAAAUUAAUCAUAUGUAAACUUUUAACUGGUUCAUGUGUAUGACCAGUUAUUUUGUCUUGUACUGUAUAUGUAAACAUGUUAUGUGAAAUAUAUUAUUCAGGGCAGAAGUAACUAAAAAUGAACUGCAAUUUAUAAUAUCCCUCGUUUCAGAACAGAUUCAGAAAGGGUUAUGUAAACUUAUGGCCUCAACUUUAUAUAACCUCUGACAACCACACUUAAUUGGGUUUGAAGUAAAGCAAACAAGAUAUGCUUGAGGUGUAGACUUUCAGCUUUUAUAAUAUCCCUACAUUUGUUCAGUCGCAAAAGUGAGAAGUUAACUGACUGGUAAGCUCUGCAAUUACACAGCCAGGUGUGGGUGUGGGUUGAAAGUGCUUUGUGAAUGGUAUAUUCUUAAAAAGAAGGAACACAUUAGUGAGUUAAGCAACACCACAAUGCCAGACCAACAGAGCACUCACCCUUUCCUUGUGAAAGAAUUCCAUACAUAUCUUCAUGAUAUUUUUCUGGUGCAUUUUACUGUCUAGACCAACCUUAAACACUCAAAGAGCCACUUGCAGCUCCGGAGCCACGGGUUGCUGACCCCUGGUCUAGAAUCUAUUACAAGAUCAGAUCUUGUACAAGCACCCAAAACUAUCCCUUCUCAUGGGUGGCCAAAAAUUGUGAAAUAAUUAAAAAAAAAACACACUACAACAUUACAGUGUUCACAAUAUAAUCAUUCAUUUAAAAAAUAAAGAUGUAAUUAAUUUUGCUGCCAUUUUACAGCACAUUUUUUCACAGAAUAUAAAAAAUUAAAAACACUCAGUCCAAAGCGUGUGCAAGUAUUUAUAAAAAACACCACACACACAAUUUAUAAAGCCUAUUAAAAUGCCUCAGUCCUGAGGCUUUAAGAAAACUUUCUUGGCUUUUGUCUCUCCAACAUCAUGGUUGACGUCCUCAUUCUUCUGAGAUGUGCGGUCCCUUUUUUUUGCAAAUUUUCUUUUCAUGCUUUCAACAAGGCUUCCAUAUCUAUAAGUAAAAAAUGUUUUUCAAUUACAAUGUGCAUAGUAACCAUGAAGCUAUUUGAAAUGGUCAAUGCAAAACCAAUGUUAAAUAUUUUCUUAUGCAUACCUCAUGGCCAUCUCCUCAUCUGUAAUAUCUGUGUCCAUUCGACUCAUAUCCUUCUCCUCCACCUCUUCAUCCUCUUCUUUGGGAGCGUUCAUUAAAACCAUCAGCUUCUAUUGAGGAUUCAAUCAGAUGGUAAAGAAGACACUAUAAUAUUAGCAGAAAAUAUGAAUAGAACUUAAAAGCAGAGAAAAGUUACAGUCAUUUACCUCAACAUCAGGAUUGAAUCCCUUAAAUGACAUCCUCCCAUAAACCAAGUCUUCACAUGGGACAUAACUUCUUUCUUCAACAAUGAAGCUCCUACAUAAAGCACAUGCACAAUUCAGUUGCUGUUAAACUGAACAAGUGCUGUUCAAUGGGUAACAAUAUGGUCUAUUAAUAUGAACAAUAUAUGAAAACAUACAAGCAGGGAGUUGUUAUUUUACAGAAAUUUAAAUCACCACACAUUUCAAUCUUUGUAAUUUUCUAAUAUAUACAUAUAUAACUAAUAAUAUAUAAUAACUAAUCAGUCAUUUACAUUUACAGCAUUUGGCAGUCGCCCUUAUCAGAGCGACGUACAUAAGUGCUUAAAUCUCUAGCAUUGAAUACAUUAAUGCUGGCUCACCAAGUUACAUAUUUAAGAUACCAUGAGUUUAAAACAUUUGUUCAAAGUUACAAUGAAAAAGUGUCAAAGGUGUUUUUUUUUUUUUUUAAAUGCAAAAGAUAAGGAAAGAAGUGCUAGUUGAAGUGUUUCCUGAAUAAGUAGGUCUUCAACCGCCGCUUGAAAAUAGCCAGUGACUCAGCUGUCCGGACCUCUAGGGAAAGUUCAUUCCACCACCUUGGUGCCAGUACAGAGAAGAGUCUUGUAGUAUACUUGCCUCUUACCCUGAGAGAUGGUGGAACCAGUCGAGCAGUGCUGGUAGAUCGGAGGGUGUGGGGUGCAGUGCGCGGAGUGAUGAGGUCAUCAGUCAUAUAUUCUGUAUUCAUAUUUAAUACUCAAACUGUAUCACAUCUUACAUCUGUCUUGUAUAGUCUGUAUUGUCUUAUCUUGUACAGUAGUGUUAUGUCUGUACUUCUGAGAGUCACAAACAGCUGGAGCCAAAUUCCUUGUGUGUGUCAACACACUUGGCCAAUAAACCUGAUUCUGAUAGCUA